UAGAACAUUCCGGAUUGAUAACAAAAUCUGCCAAGAUGGAGUCUCAGAUCCGCCAGAACUAUCACCACGAUUGCGAAGCUGCCAUCAACCGGAUGAUCAACAUGGAGAUGUUUGCCUCCUACACCUACACUUCAAUGGCUUUCUAUUUCUCCCGUGACGAUGUGGCUCUGCCUGGCUUCGCGCAUUUCUUCAAGGAGAACAGCGACGAGGAGCGGGAGCACGCCGACAAGCUACUCUCCUUCCAGAACAAGAGAGGUGGACGCAUUUUACUCCAGGACAUCAAGAAGCCAGAACGUGAUGAGUGGGGCAAUGGGCUGGAGGCCAUGCAGUGUGCUCUGCAGCUGGAGAAGAAUGUGAACCAGGCCCUGCUGGACCUGCACAAGAUUGGCUUGGACAAGGUUGACCCCCAUCUGUGUGACUUCCUGGAGACCCAUUACCUGAACGAGCAGGUGGAGGCCAUUAAGAAGCUGGGUGACCACAUCACCAACCUCACCAAGAUGGAUGCUGUCAAAAACAAGAUGGCAGAGUACCUGUUUGACAAGCACACCCUGGGAGGCCAGAGCUAAACCACUUCCAUCCCCAGGGUACGGCAUCCAGCCUCAGACCAGGACUCCUGGCUUCUCUGAUAGAUCCUACUGGCUUUGUGUUUAGAGGGAGGGGAGAGUGUUAAACUGGUGCAGUGCAACACAGCUGUAACAUUGAGGUGUUUUUGUUGACAACACUUGUGUUUUGGAGGCAAGGCAUCUUGUAAAACAAUAAAAAGAAAGUGUUGACCUGUA